GCGCGAAAAUGCUUCCUUCGGAAAAUCGACACCGUUUUCGGUUGCUCCCUUUGAUGGUGAUGGCUUUCUUGAUGAGUGCGGUUGAAGGUGCGCGAAUAUUGGCAAUUUUCCCAUCACCGGCCCGAAGCCAUCAGAUUGUGUUUCGUGCGUUCGUCGAGGCCCUAGUCGAGCGGGGACACGAACUGACGGUAAUGACUCCGGAUCCCAUCCCACUGCAAGCGGUUAACGGCAGUAUUCAGCAAAUAGAUUGGAGCUAUGUGUAUAAAGUGGUUGAAAGUGAAUGUGACGUGGCGAAGGUCAGCCAGGAAGGGUGGAACACGUUGAAGGUCACACAACAGGUGCUUCUUGUGACGGAAAUGUUUAUCAAAGCGGAAUUGGGUCACCCGGAAGUGCAACGCAUGAUAAAGGAUCGGCGGGACCAGUUUGAUGCAGUUAUUGUUGAAUAUUAUCAGAUGACUCCUUUCUACGCGUUCGCUGAGUUCUACGGUGCUCCAUUGAUUGGGAUUACGUCGAUUGAAUCGAUUUCGGUCGCCCACAGAGCGGUUGGGAAUAUUGAUAAUCCAGUAGCUCAUCCGGAGUAUCAUCACAAAUUCACUCGUAAUCUCCGGUUCGUGCAACGACUGGAAGCAUUCAUUACCAGACUAGUUCUGGAUUAUUUUAUCUUACCAAAAGAGUUUGAGAAAUAUGACAAAAUCAUCGAGAGCCAUUUCGGAAGCAACAUGAGCAAAUCCAGCCAGCUGAUGGGUCGUAUCGAUUUCCUUCUGACCAAUGCAGACCCUUCGCUGGGAUUCAUCCGGCCAACAGUUCCACAAUCGAUUCAGUUGGGAUUCCUUCACGUGAAACCUCCGAAGCCGCUGCCCGAAGAUCUGCGGCUAUAUUUGGACAACUCACACCGCGGUGUCAUUUAUUUCAGCCUCGGAACGCUCAUUCGAACCGACACGGUGAGCCAGCGAAACGUGCAAUUGUUUGUGGACGCUUUCAAAACGUUGCAUUAUGAUGUACUAUGGAAAUGGGACAAUGGCAUCGAUCUGGAUGGAAGCAGCAACAUACGAACCGUGCCGUGGGUGCCACAGCAAGACCUGCUCGCCCAUCCAAAUGUGAAGCUAUUCGUGACCCAGGGUGGACAGCAGUCAAUGGAGGAAGCAGUAGAUCGACAAGUUCCGAUGGUGGUGAUACCGUUCAACUUCGACCAGUUUGGCAAUGGAGACAAGGUGGUCGAACGUGGCAUCGGAAAGACGAUCUGGAUGGAACACCUAACGACCGAGAACCUCCGGGAGGCGAUACUGGAGGUUAUCGGGAACAAAAAAUACAAACGAAACAUCGAACGGCUGGCCAAGCUGGUCCGGGACCAACCGAUGCGCCCACUGGACAAAGCCGUCUGGUGGACGGAGUACGUCAUCCGACAUCAGGGAGCCUCGCACCUGCGGUACAAACAGGCCCAGAUGCCAGCCUGGCAGUAUCACUAUUAUGACGUGGUGGCCACACUACUAGCCACAGCUCUGGUCGUGCUGGCUCUGGUUGCUUAUGUCCUCAAGCGGCUACUGAGCUACCUUCUACUUCGAGCACAAUCGUGGCAAGUGCGGCGGGUGAAACAGAAAGCCCUCUAGAGCAAUUUGAAGGGAGUUCAACGUGUGUACAAGUAGGUACUUGCAGCGCGGCAGCAGUAAUAGCAUAUUGGAACGAAUGCUAAUGAAUGGACGAUAGGAAAGAGGUGCGACAGAUGACCGUGGAUAUGAUGUAUGCUUAACCUUGGCGAAGAAGAUGUUUUUUUUUUUUUUGAAGAAUGUGUUGUAACACGUCCGAAGGUACGAAUGCACAAGUCAAUAGGCGUACGGUUAAUGUAUUGCGUAAAUUUAGGUUGGUGAUGCCCAAUAUUAGGUUAGUGUUUAUUUAGACCGUUUGCACUGUUCGAUACUGACUGUUUGCACUGGUAGGUAUAUUCAUUUAUGGAUGGAUGAUGGAGGAACUUGCCGAAAUAGACUUCGUACGUGAAAAGCGGCAAAGGGACGACGGGAAGGGGAGGUUGGCCAACAUUGAAUGCAUAGAUGUUUCCGCUACAUUUUUCACGUAGCACGUAUUUAAUUUUAGGUUUAGGCAUAAUGAUGUUAACUUUAACACGAGUAUGAGAAGCAAAUAAAAUAAAUAAAGUACAAACCG